GGACCGACCCCCGAGAACUGCUAGUUGAAGAGUGAGCAAAGUGUUUCAGUCGAUGAACACACUUGAUUGGCUAAUCUCUAUCAUAUGUCGUGGUUUCUCGUGAUCAAGAUGAUGUUGCUGACUUGUUUAGUAGCCUCUUUGCUCUCUACAUUAACGAAUGCACAAGAAACCAACAUUCGCCUUGUUAGUGGCUCUACGAUCAGAGUAGGUCGAGUCGAGGUGUUGUACAACGGAGAAUGGGGAACCGUCUGUGAUAGUGGCUGGGACAUGCAGGAUGCCCGGGUAGUCUGUCGAUCUCUUGGAUUUGGUCAGGCACUCGAAGCUGUAUCGGGUGCAGGAUUCGGUGAAGGCACAGGGACUAUUGUUUUGGAUGACGUCAACUGCUCUGGAAAUGAAGAGGACAUUUUCCAGUGCGGAAAUGCCGAACUUGGAAUCAGCAACUGCGGACAUGGACAAGACGCAGGAGUCCGAUGUGCACAAUUCCCAUCAGCUAAUAUCCGUCUGAUCAAUGGGUCCAAUCCUACCGAAGGUCGUGUCGAAGUCUUUUACAACGGAACAUGGGGUACCGUCUGCGAUAGCUAUUGGGAUGACUACGAUGCUCAGGUGGUGUGUCAGAGUCUAGGUUUUGCUGCAUUCGGGGUUGCUAAUUUUAGAGCAACAUUUGGAGAAGGCACGGGACCGAUCUGGAUGACUGAGACUAAAUGUAAAGGAGAUGAAAUGGAUCUCCUAGACUGCCCACACACUAGUCCACCCCACUACUGCGAACACCGCUAUGACGCAGGGGUACAAUGCAACCCAAGAUCAACACUUCGUCUGGUCGGUGGUUCGUCAAAGCUCGAAGGCAGAGUCGAGAUGCAACUCAACGGCCAAUGGGGAUCUGUCUGUACCGAUAAUUGGGAUCGCAACGCAGCCAACAUCGUGUGCCGAAGUCUCGGGCUCGGGCAAGCUCGCUACAUGUACUUUGACUCCGCCUUCGGUGAAAGUAACUUGACGAAUGCUUAUAACUUUGACUGCCAGGGGUUUCAGCCUAGCAUCCUACGUUGCGGUCGGAUUGGUGUCAAUAACUGCCAAUACAGACGUAACGCUGGUGUCCGCUGUUAUGAAGGCAUCUUAGCACCUGUUCGUCUUGCUGGUGGUCCAUCGCUCCAAGAAGGUCGCGUCGAGAUCCUUUACAACGGCGAAUGGGGGACUGUCUGUGACCGUGGCUGGACUGUCUUCGACAAACCUUCCGACAUAGUCUGUCACUCUAUUGGACUAGGUAACGCCGAGGCAACCUAUGGGGGUGGUCGUUAUGAACAGGGUACAGGACCUAUGGUUCUAGAUGAUGUAUUUUGCCCAAUUCCAAGCGUAACUAGCAUCAUACAGUGCAGGAGCGAAGGUUUUGGAGUCGGUUACUGUAACCCCUCGGCAGAAGCUGGGGUACGUUGUGGAAGAAGCCCACAAGCAUCAAUCCGUCUUGCUGGUGGCUCGUCGAGAAACGAGGGGAGGGUGGAAGUUCUCUGGCAAUCACAAUGGGGGACUGUCUGCGAUAAUGGAUGGGACCUGACUGAUGCCAACGUAGUCUGUCGAACUCUUGGACUCGGUCCUGCACUCGAAGCCAUCUCUUAUGCUGGCUUUGGUCAAGGAGCAUGGGCGAUCGUUCUGGAUAAUGUGAACUGUACUGGGGAUGAAGACAGCGUCUUUCAGUGCCAACAUGCUGGUAUGGGUGUCCAUGAUUGCGAACAUGGAGAAGAUGCAGGGGUUCGUUGUGCCCCUAGCCCAUUAGGAUCAGUACGUGUUGUCAAUGGCUCAUCAAGAUACGAAGGCCGAGUCGAAGUCUAUUACGACGGAAAAUGGGGAACCGUCUGCGACGAUUUUUGGGAUGACACCGAUGCUAGUGUCGUUUGUCGGAUGCUUGGUUUGGGCGAUAACGGAACUGCCGUCGGUUGCUCUACCUACGGGGAAGGUUCUGGAGAUAUCGUUCUUGACAAUGUGAGGUGUUUGGGAAAUGAGACGGAUCUCUACUCCUGCCCCAGUAAUCGUCCACUCCGACACGAUUGCAAGCAUUCGGAGGACGCGGGAGUGCAGUGUCUCAAUACACGAGCUAUUCGUCUUGUCGACGGGCCAUCAAACAGCGAGGGUCGCAUCGAGGUCCUAUACAACGGCACUUGGGGAACCGUCUGCCAUGACCAAUAUGACAUGAACGCUGCCUACGUCGCGUGCCGUUCUCUCGGCUUCAACUACGCUCUCGAAGCCGUCAGAUAUGCUGGGUUCGGGAAGGGCACAGGUCCGGUGAUUCUUGAUGACGUUCGGUGUUACGGUGCUGAAGAGGACCUUUUCCAUUGCAGUCAUAGAGCUCCUUUUGAUAACAUUUGUCAACACCAUAAAGACGCUGGAGUGCGUUGUUAUUCCGGAAGCACACCAACACCCAUCCGUCUAGUUGGUGACUCAUCUGAUACCGCAGGACGAGUCGAGAUAUCACACAACGGACAAUGGGGGACAGUCUGUCAUGAUGGCUGGGACAAUGACGAUGCAACUGUGGUGUGCCGUAGCCUGGGUCUUGGUACCAACGGAGUAGCUUUCAGUUAUGCUCACUUUGGUGAGGGUUCUGGAGAGGUUAUACUUGCCAAUCUCCGAUGUACUGGUGAUGAAUCGGAUCUUAUGGCCUGCCCCGGCACUGGACCGCUCAACAACAGGUGCUUACAUUUCCAGGAUGCCGGAGUACGCUGUCUCUGAGACGAUGCUGACUGGUAGUACACAUCGCCGGUCUAGCCGAAGACAAGCCAAGUUUACCAAUCUUGGCACAUA